AAAUGAAAAAUAAUUUUUGUUGUAUUUCUCUGCAGGACACUUUAGUAGCCGAGUACAACAAAAUAAUGCUGGAAAGUUUCAACAUCAAAGAUUUCGGAAUGGCGAAAGUGGUUUAUAGGGAUAUUAAGGGAAGUGGCAAGAGAAAGAUAAAUAUCGAAUGCAGAUUAAGCCCAAAGUUUAUACAGAAUGUAAAGACGGUAUCGGCGUUUUUUAUUUUCUACCAGCCUUUUAGUAAUAUACAUCAAGCACGUCAUCUCCUGGUUGGCUACAGUCAAGACAUACUGUGGGCGCAACCGUACAGAAUAAGAAUGUUUCCGCAGUUUAAGACUAUGUUGCAGGACAAAAGUGCAACAUGUACUGCGGAUAAAGCUAACAUCGCCCAUAUGAAAGUGGAUAUAGUGUUAAAUGAAUGCGACGCACUUAGCGGCGGGUUUCAAUGUGCAAUUGUGGCUGAGGUUAAAAAAAGACAUAAGGGGCACAAUGAUAGAUCCGUCAAGUUUGAAAUUCUACGAGGCUUGUAUAAAUUAAGGGAGACCUCAGCCUCAAAACCAAGCCCAAAAUGCAAAUCUUGGUCUGAUGCCUCAUAUAGAAUAACGGCUGCGCGAAAUGCGGGAGAGUCGGCUGGAUAUAGAAUACACCCCGGAGGUGGCUGGAUGCUGACCUUAGGAAUUCUUUUGCUAAUCAGUAGUAGUUUUUAAACUUCUAGAAGUUCUUUUGGGGAUGAGCGUGAAAAAUAAAAUUGGGCUGAUAUUAAUUGUACAUAUUGGGUGUUUCAUAUUAAAAUACGCCUGUAACAUGUAUGAAGUUUUGUGUAUAUCAACAUAUAUUUCUAUUUUGAUCCGGGUACAAACACUGAAUUACGGGAACAAUGCUGAUCAGAUUUGUACCACAUACCAUUUAUGUUGCUCAGUAUGUAUUGUUUCAGGACAUGUCACAUAGAUGUUUUUGGUAUUGUUAAAUCUUUGAUUAUUUUUUUUUUUUGAAUAAGUGGACGUAAUCUACAAUUUGUCUAUCUUACAAUGUAUCAAAUUAUGUCUCCUCUAAAACCAUUUUAAUUGGCUAUUUUAUUUAUUUUCUUUAUUGUUAAUGAAUAUAUUAAGUAAUGACUGAUAAAUGUGACUUAAUUAAUAAAG